AUGAGUCGGAAACAAGAAGAAAUAGCACACCCUUCUGUGAAUUUUAACUGGAAUGUGUUUCCUGUCACAAGGCUAGAAGAGUCUCAAAUGUCAACCCCUUUAGGGUGUAUUUAUAGUCCCUUCAACAGCUCCAAUGUGCCACCUCAAACCAAAAGUUUGCCCAUUUCUUGCACAACCUGUCAAGCUGUUUUGAAUCCGUUUAUCAAGUUGGACAGGAAAAAUGGUAUGUGGUGGUGUCCGUUCUGUCAAAAGAGAACUUAUUUACCCGAGUCAAUAAACAUUCCGGAAAUUGCAACAACAGUCGAAGAUUGGCCAAUAGAAAUGAGGGAAACAAGCACUACAAUUGAUUACGAGUUGCCCCAUGAUAUCAUUGAGAACACAACUAUGUCUUUCCCGUUGACUUAUUAUUUUGUGAUUGAUAGAUAUCAACCUUCAGAAGAAAAUUCUUUGGCUAGAUUGCUAGAUUCAAUAGUGUCAACAAUAAAGAACAUUCCUUUAGGGAGCAUGAUUGGGAUAAUGACUUUUAACAAAUCAGUUCAAUUACAUAAAAUUAAUACCAAGGAAACAGUCGAGAUAUCAAGUAAUGAUAUCUCUAAUUGUGACAAAUACUGGAAGUUAUUUGAAAAACUGGCCGUUGACCAGUUACUAAAUAGACUUGGUUUGACCGGUAGACUGCCAGAAUUAGACUUGAAUGAUCUUUUGAGAAAUGAAUAUUUAAUAGAGCUAUCGGAGAAUAACAUUGAUUCAAUUAUCAAUUACAUAUUGAAUAUCAAGCCAACAUACACCGAAAAACACAAGCCCCCAAGAUCAACAGGUCUUGCUCAUUAUGUCUAUUCCAUCAUGCUUUCUCAAUCGGGACUUAAAAACUUUAUUGGAAAAGUUUUGUUCUUUACUAGUGGUGCAUGUACAGAAUUUCCCGGGAAAAUAGUGGAUGGAAACUCCUCAAUCAGAUCACAUAAAGAUAUUUAUGAUCUUGAAGCGCCAUUUUUUCCAGAGGCAUCAAAAUUCUAUACCGUUUUGUCUUAUAUUGCAAAUGGUCAAUCAAUAGCUCAAUCUAUUGAAAUUGUGAAAUCAUCAUCUUCCAAAACUACUCAGUAUAAUAUUGAUCAGACAUCCCCAGUAUGGGCUGUCAACUUGUACGCUGGGUCAUUGGAUCAGAUAGGCGCAUAUGAAAUGAAACCACUCAUAACCAAUACCAUGGGUUCUUUUUUCUUGACUGAAACACUUGGUUCUUAUCAGAUCAAAGAUAUGAUCAUAGAGGCUAUUGGCUUGAGUCAUCACAAAGCAGUUUUGGAAGUGUCCACUUCUAUUGGGUUAAAAACAUCAAAGUUGAUAUUUAGUGGAGGGUAUGCACUACCAUCUUCCUACCACAAGUCCUCUAAAUACAACCACUUAUAUCACAUUAAAAUAGACGACGAGCUUGGUGAAUUUGAUUCCCCACAUGCCAAAAAGGUCUUUACUAAUCGAUGGAAGUUUAAUGAACUAAAAGAGAAUGACACAUUAUCAUUGUUUUUCAAAAUGGAGUCUGCAAAAUCAACUGAAGAUCUCAGCAACGGUUCCAUAUCUGAGGUUUUUAUUCAGUUUAGCUUGAAGUUUUGGGAUGUGGUUAAAAAGAAAUGGAUUACAAGAGUUACCACCGUUCGUAAACCAACAACUUUAUCUUAUGUGAAAACAAGCACAGGAAAACAGAAACAUCAAAGCAUGAUCUUGAAAGAGCACAAGUUCACACUAGGUUUUGAUCAAAGAGUUUGGACUAUUUUAUUAACCAGGUUGCUAAUCAACAAAAUUGACACAAAUCUUGGCUAUUCCUCUUUUGACGAAUUAGUGGAGCUUAUUGAUAGAACAAUAAUCAAGCUACUUCAUUAUUUUGGAGGGAUCACAGUGACAAACAAUCACACUGCAUCUUCGAACCCGUACUACCGCUUACAGACAAUGUAUGAAUUGAAUCAAAAAUUCAAAGAGUUGCCAUCCUUAAUUUACAGUUUAAGAAAGAAUUCAGAUUUAAUCAAGAUUUUCAAUUCAAGUCCAGAUGAAACUACAUAUUAUCAUUCAUGGUUUUUAAAGAUGAAUAUGCCUUUUUCAAUAAAAGUUAUUGAGCCAGUGUUAAUCAACACCACAGAUAGCAUCACUCGAUUACCACUAGAUUCAACUUGUUUUGAUUUGGCUCCAAAUGAUUCAUUUUUAAUACUUGACACUGGAUUUACCUUAACAUUAUAUUACAAAUGCCACCACCAAAACAAGCUAAACUUGCAUCCUUCUGAUAAUGAUUUUAUGAUAGAAAAUAAAGACCCAAAGCUUCCAUGGGAUAUCAUUGAAAAAUACAUUUCUGAACGCCAAGUUAUUCCAAGAAUUGUCGUAACUCAAACCAAUCAUUCACAAUCAAGAUUUUUGAUGUCGCGAUUGAAUCCAACAGCUUCAGACUCAACAAAAGAAAAUCAGUCACAAGUAGACAGUAAUAAAGGUGGGUUCUGGUCAUUUUGGACCAGCAAUAAUAGAAAGAGUUCCAACUUGAUUGCGGAAGAUAUAAGCUUAAAAGAAUACUAUGACGAUUUAAUUGAACAAGUACAAAAAUUCAAAAUUUAG